GAUUUAAACCCAGGUGUGGCACAUUCCUUUGGUAGAUCUUGUGGACUGGCUGACUAUAUGGAUUGUAUCUGAAAUUAGGAGAGACACUUGGGUUUGUGGCCUUGGUUUCUUCCUCAGUCAAAAUGGAAAUUUUGCUAUUUGCAUUUGUAUUAAAGCCCUACCUUUCCCUUUGGCGUACCACCUUCCUGUCCUAUUAUGCUGUAGCAGAAAUGCACUUUGCUAACCUAACCUGAAAGCCCUAUAGAAAUGUGAGUUAAUAUUAUUAUUGUUCUUGUACAGUGUCCUGAGGCCUCGGGUAGGGGAAGGGCGAGGUCAAGGUCAGCCUCCUGGAGGGGUUCCAGGUUUGAAUCCCACCCUGAGUGAAAUGGAGAACUUUUGUACCCCCGACCCCAGGGACCCGAGUGGAGGUGUCCCUCCCGAAGCGCCCCAUGCUGAAGACGACUCCUUGCUGUUCCUGCCCCUGCCCUGGCUGCUGGUGUGAUGAGUAACACGACAGCACCCAGUGCCCCGAGGGCUGUCAGCGACUCCAUGGUGGGCUAUGUGCUCGGCCCCUUCUUCCUCAUCACCCUAGUAGGGGUGGUGGUUGCUGUGAUGAUGUACAUCCAGAAGAAGAAACGGGUGGACAGACUCCGGCACCACUUGCUGCCCAUGUACAGCUAUGACCCAGCAGAAGAGUUGCAUGAAGCUGAGCAGGAAUUGCUCUGUGAGGUGGGGGAUCCCAAGGUGGUCCAUGGCUGGCACAGUAGUUACCAGCACAAACGGAUGCCCCUGUUGGAUGUGAAGACAUAACUAGGGAAAAGUCCUUCACUGCCUGUUACAAGAGUUGAGUUGCUCAUUUCUGCCCAUCUCAGAACAGAGGCUUCCCCCAACCCGUUAUACCCAGCAGGACUUGCAACAAACAGUCCAUGGCUCUCUAGGAGGCUGGGGUCUCUUCCCCACCCUAAGGGACCCUAUCUACCAUGCUUCUUUGGGCAGACUUGUCCAUAGUAUCUCUUGGCCAACCCCCAAAUUGGAGGGGGAGGAGAGUACCCUGUCCCCUCCCAAGUAUUCUCCCAGCAUGCUCCUUUGUCCUUGCUAUCAGGUGCUGGGUUAUGGUUUCCUAGGGAGGGAUUUGUAGUGGAGUCCUGUCUCUAGGAAUGGCUUUGUUUCUAUUAUACAAUAUAUAUUUUGUAAAUAAAA